CAAAGCCAAACGACAGUGCUUUGUCGUGCCAAUAACAACUGCAAUUACAAUAUUGAUUAUAGCUAUUAAGUAUAAACAUCUGGCUAAUGUUUACGCCAAAGUGACCAUAUAAUAUAUGUAAAUACACGCCUUUUGUUUACUACUUUGUGCUUAAAGUCGCUUUUUCUCGUUCCGCUUCAGCAUGGAUUUCUAUUAUAUGCCCGCUUCUGCGCCCUGCCGUGCUGUGCUCCUAACUGCUCAGUGUGUCGGCAUUGAGUUGAACAAGAUACUUCUCGAUUUGCGUGCUGGCGAGCACUUGACGCCCGAAUUCCUGAAGAUCAACCCACAACAUACGAUACCCACACUGGUCGACAAGGACUUUGCGCUCUGGGAAUCACGCGCCAUCAUGAUCUACCUAGUGGAGCAAUAUGCCAAGACCGACUCUCUCUACUCCMAGUGCCCCGAAACGCGUGCGACCAUCAAUCAGCGUUUGUACUUYGACAUGAAUCUCGCUUUAACAUUCGGCAAGUACUUUUAYAAGCCUGUAAUGUCCAAGACCCCAUUCGAUCCAGAGCAGCGCAAGCAGUUGGAAACACAGUUGGAAUUAUUCAACACCUUGUUGGCAGGGAAUAACUUCGUGAUUGGUGAGACGCUGACUUUGGCUGAUUUGGCACUUUUGGCCACAAUUAGCACCAUAGACGUGGCACAAUGCCUGAAAGACUUCAACGUCAAUGUAAGAAAAUAUGCACACAUCCAAAAGUGGUAUGAGAACAUGCGAGCGGUCACACCUGGCUUCAAAGAGAAUCAAGAAGGUUGCUUAGAGAUGAAGAAAUUCUUAGAGGGCCAAUAAAUAUCUACAUGUGCACAUGUGUGUAUGUGUGUACCUAUGUAUAUGUACGGUUUGUAUUUUACAACUUUUAUAAAGUUCCGCAGUAUUGCCCAAAUAUGUACGAAUAUAUGUAUGUAAAUAAAUCUGUAUAUUCACAUUAGACCAGAGUAGAACAUUUUUGAAAAGAAAAAAAGAUCAUGGUUGGAUGAAACUCACGAAAAACGGAAAAACUCUAAUUUUCAAUCGWAAUAUCUCACUUUUAAAAAUAAAACCCCCGCUAAACAGCCAGAAACGAAACUGCUUGUUUACUGCUGCGACUACGAAAUAAUAUGCCGACUUUUAAUGAAUUUCUUUUUUGUUUUGUCAUUUUCAAAGGCUUUAACACUAGUCUAUUUGUGAGUCAAGCGAAUAAAUGUAAAAACCAGUUUCUUCUCUUUGUACUCUUA